AAGCAAAGAGAAUUUCUGAAACCAUUGAUGGAGUACUUGAUUAUGCCAUUGACAAACAGAUCAAGAGUUUGGCCAAAGCCAAAGAAGAGGGAACGACAAAGACAGAACAAAAGGACUUUUUGCAAGUUCUCUUGGAACUAAGGGAACAAGAUGACGGUGCACCAUCAAUGAGCAUGACCCAACUCAAGGCCGUGCUUUUUGACAUAGUGGUGGCUGGAUCCGAAACCACAACAACUAUGUCAGAAUGGGUGAUGGCAAGAUUGUUGAAACAUCCAGAGAUAAUGAGAAAGGUCACUGAAGAAUUAACAGAAAUCGUGGGGUUGGACAACUUAGUUGAAGAAUCUCAUUUGCCCAAGUUACAUUAUUUAGAAGCGGUUAUUAAAGAGGCGUUCCGUUUGCACCCACCUGGUCCUUUCCUAAUACUACGUACUCCAAGUGAAUCUAGCAUCAUUGGAGGGUACCUUGUACCCAAAGGUUCUAGUAUUUUCCUGAAUGCUUGGUCUAUACAAAGGGAUCCAAAGUAUUGGGACAAUCCAUUGGAAUUUAAACCUGAGAGAUUUCUGAAUAAUGCUUAUGGUAGGUUUGAUUAUUCGGGCAACAAUCUUAAGUAUUUUCCAUUUGGGUCGGGGAGAAGAAUAUGCGCAGGGCUUACACUCGGAGAGAGGACACUCAAAUACAUCUUGGCUUCAUUUUUACAUUCCUACAAGUGGAAAUUGCCACAAGGUUCAGAGAUAGAAUUUUCUGACGUGUUCGGUGUUACUACCAAGAAGAAGAAUCCAACCAUUGCAAUUCCAACGCCAAGGUUAUCCAAGUCUGAGCUCUACACAGAAUAGUACAAUGUGAGAAAUAUACUCUAUUACUUUCCAUACCAGUACCUCGUAUAAAGCAUUUGUAUGCACAAUAACUAGGAGGUUUUGAUGCUUUUUACUUCCUGUAGUGCUAUAGACAAUGUAAUGAUGGUUUCCAA